AUGGAACAAUUUGUGGAGCAACUCAACGUCUUGAAGAGGAUGUUCGACCAGCUACCAUCAGAGGAUCUACAAGAGGCUAUUGGUACAAGUUUUUAUUUAAAACCCGUAUUCUUUAUUGACUCUUCGAGAAAUUCUUUUUUUAAGACCGAAUAGACCAUACGGUGGAGCAAAUGGCUCAAAGUGUGAUAUUCGUACCAAGUUCUCAAGUGGAAUGUCUCGCAGAAAGCGGAUUGUCUGUUGUGGUAAGCCACGCCCCUUCUCAAAUUUAAAUAAUACGUUUUUAUUAUUCAGCAAGAUUUUCUGGACGCCGGAUCCUCUUUUUCUUCAGUUCACCAUCAAGAUGAGCAAAUGAUCGAUUUUACGUGCUCGGCCGACGAAAUGUAUUGUUCCGAAGACGCGCUGGAACAACCUGAACAUCAAAAUCUUUCUUAUUGCUUCACGUGCGGCGAAGAGUUCAACAAUCGAAAAGCCCAAUACAGACACGGAAAACUCACGGAACACCAGACGAGACCGCCCAAAAACAGAGACGAGGAGAAGGCGAGAAACCGGCGGAAGAAGGAGAAGGAAGAAGCGGAAAAGGCGGAGAAAAGAGAAGAAGAAACGGAGGAUUUGAUGGAGAAUAUUGUGGAGGAAAAGAAGAAAAAACAAGUGAAAAUUCUGUUUUGUCACGAAUGUAAAGAGGGAUUCGCCAAUCGAAAAGGUCUAUAUAGGUACGGACUCAGACAAAUCAAUUCGAAUCUAAUUAGAAAAUUUUCGAAUCUAAAGAAGUUGCGUUAGAAAGUAAAAUCAUCUAAUUAGACGUGGUUUUAUCUAAUUUGUUCUAAUUAGAUUCGAAUUUAUUUGUCUUAGGAAAAAUUAAUGCCUAAAAUUGAUUGAAUAGAAGAAGCGUGAUCUAGAAACCUCCUUAAAUAGUGUCAGAUAAAAAUAAUAGUUUGAAAAAUUAGGAGGAGUCGCUGAAUUUGCAUUUGCAGCGCUAAGUCUGAAGCUGCUCAGACUACAAACAACACUUUUGGGCGUUGUUCUCAUAAAUUUAGGAGCUGCAACAACUACACUGAAAACAAACUACAAAAGCUCGGCGCUGCUCUCGUAAAAUUAGGGCUGCUUACACUACAAACAAAUGAACAAAAAUGAAAAUUUUUCCAGACACAGUCAAAAGACUAAUCAUUUGGUACGUCUGAAACGGGCGGAACAAUCGAAAGGCGGUCCGAUCGAAUGUGCAGAAUGCGCGUACACGACUGCCAACGAAGCGAAUCUUCGAAGACAUUUGCAGAGAUUUCAUAAUAUAAAAUGUCUAAAAUAG